UGGAAUAUAUUAAUUACAUCACUCAUUUACAUAAGUCACUCGUAAAACAUAAGUCGUUCUUAAGACCAGCGAGUAGGUUAACAAAACUAUUUUAAAAACAAUGCUAGACUUUUGUUUCUUUUUUUCUCUUUUUUUUAUGGAUUUUAGUAUUGCGUACACAUCAGAAUAAGAAAAAAAAAACAUUUAAAAAUUCUAUUAGAGAAACUGAUAAGCACGUUGACCAAUAUUAUACAAUAGCAGUAACUAUAAGGUAUGACUUUCAGUUUUUUUAAGAUAAUGUUUGCAAAUAAAACAAGGAGUGGUGAUGAUAAAGGAAUUUGAAAAAUAGAAAAACUGCUAACGAGCAUGAAAUGUGUCGAAGAGAGGGAAUUUUGAAUUGCAAAUAUGAUAUGCAUUUAUUUCUUCGCAGAAACUGUUUUUUUAUAUUUGAAUUGGCUAUACUAGUUCAGAGUUUAUCUUUUUCUAUCUACAUUGGAAGAAAGAUAAAAGAUUGAAAGAAACUCUAUAUAAUGCAGCAUGUUCAGGUAUAAAGAACAGACCUCACGUCAGAUAUCAGUCGAAGUCCGAAAUCGACAUUUUGGUAUGUCGAAUUUGACAAUUGAAAUUUGCACUUCAUAGAAGAAUUUUUUUAUACUUUUGUGAUAUAAAAUAUAAUUGGAUUGCAAAUAGAGAAGUGAAUAGAUAUUGCUGCACAGUAUUCAACAAAUUAUAUAUUGUGAAAGUAAUCAAUAAAAAUGGCAGAAAUAAAAUGUAAGGAAAUAAAACUCACUGUACCUUGGGGUCAUGUUGCUGCCAAAACAUAUGGCCCUUCCUCAGGAGAACAUGUCUUACUGGUGCAUGGUAAUCAAGAUAAUGCAGGAUCAUAUAAUAGAUUAAUGAAGUAUUUACCAAUGGGUUUUUUUUACUACGUAUGUAUAGAUUUACCCGGCCAUGGAUGGUCGUCACAUUUUCCAUCUUGGCUAAUGCUAGAUGUUAUAAAUUAUGCGCAUGCAAUGCAUUUCAUCCUAGAAGCAUUACAAUGGAAAACAUGUAUUUACAUAGGGCAUAGCAUGGGUGCACAUAUAGGUUUAAUUUUUAGUAUUUUUCAACCUCAUAGAAUCAAGAAAAUAAUUAGCUUUGAUGGAUUUAUUAUGAGACAUGCUGAUGACCUUGGUACUUUUGUAACAUAUUUUGAGAAAGCAUCUGCACUUUCAAUAAAAGCAAGUAAUAAUAUAGAACCAAUAUCUUAUACUAAAGAAGAAGUAUUAUAUGCUCUUAAAAAUUUGAGAUUUGCAGCUCUGAAUUCAGAAGCUGCUGAUGCAUUGUUUGAGCGUGCAGUUACAGAAGUAAAUAGAAAAUAUGUAUAUAACAGAGAUAUAAGAUUAAAAAAUUACUCCAUGUUUAUAAAUAUGGACCAAAUAAUCGAAAUUAAUCGUAGGCUUACAGUUCCAAUAUAUGUCUUUGUUGCCUCAAAGGGCUGUAUAAAUGAAGAUACGUUUACAUUAAUGGUGAAAACAAUGAAUCCUAAAACCAUACUUAAAGUAAUUAAUAUAGAUGGAAAUCACGAUUUUCACAAUAACGAUCCCCAAAACGUUGCACCAUUUUUAUAUAAAAUAUUAACUAGUAACAAUUCUAGCAAGUUAUAAAUACACAUAUAUAUAUAUAUAUAUAUAUAUAUAUAUAUAUAUAUAUAUAUAUAUAAUAUAUAUUUAAUGUUAAACCCUAUAAAGAUUUCUCUCUUACUUCUUUAUAAGAUAGAGAUCUCUUCAUCAUUGCUUGAAGGAAUAAAUUUGUUAUUUAUCUAUUUAUCUGGUAGUGUUUAAGCUUUUUAAUUAUAUAUAUGAAUUAUUAGGAAGAUUUAUAGGACAAUUUAUAAGAUAUAUAUGAUGAAUGAUUUUUUUCUCUUAGAUUACAAUAUAUGAAUAUAUAUUAUUAGUUUUAUCACAAUAUAUAUAUUAAUAUAUUUUGCAAAAAAGGUGUAAAAAAAAUAUUUUGAAAUAUAUUGAAAAAUUAUUUUAUAAAAA